GACCUGUGUGCCGCCUCCGACUUCUUAUUAAUGCCCCAAAUGAAUGUUCAGCCGGUCCCAAUCCAGUCUCCGGGGCCUUUACCCCCCGCUACCAUUGGGCUUAUUUUGGGCCGAGGUUCCUUGACCUUACAAGGACUCAUUGUGUAUCCUGGAAUCGUAGAUCCAUAUCAUAAGAAAGAAUUCCAGGUCCUCCGCUCCAGCCCUCGGGGCAUGUUCUCCAUAAAGCAGGGAGAUAGGAUCGCACAAUUAGUGCUACUGCCCUCCCCUGGGGAUAGAGAGAAUUACACCUCCCAAAAAAGAGCCAUGGGGUCUACUGGUAAUGAUUCAGCAUAUCUGGCCAUACCCCUAGAUGAGAGACCAACUAUGAAACUAUUGGUUAACGGAAAAGAAUUUGAGGGGAUUACAGAUACAGGGGCAGACAAGAGCAUCAUUUCAUUGCAUUGGUGGCCAAAAUCCUGGCCUACUGUGGUUUCAUCUCAUUCUCUUCAAAGCCUUGGAUAUCAAUCCUCUCCAGCCAUUAGUGCUGUGGCCCUGGUCUGGUGGAGCACUGAGGGCAGGCAGGGAUGCUUUACCCCUUAUGUUUUGCCCCUCCCGGUAAAUUUGUGGGGGCGAGAUGUGUUACAAGCCAUGGGCAUGACCCUGACCAAUGAGUAUUCCCCUCAGACAUCAUCUAUAAUGACAAAAAUGGGCUAUAUACCAGGAAGGGGCCUGGGCAGAAGGGAGCAAGGUAGAAUAGAGCCCAUUGAACAAAAAGGGAAUCAAAGCGGAAAAGGACUGGGUUUUAUUUAGAGGCCGUUGAGGCUUCACGACCCAUACCAUGGAAUACAGAGGACCCGGUAUGGGUCUCUCAAUGGCCAUUAUCCUCUGAAAAGCUGGAAGCAGUCACAAGACUUAUACAGGAGCAAGAACAGUUGGGGCAUUUAGAA